GACGACGUGUCUGACAGCAUUUUGCCCCACCAGCGCAGUCCAGAAUUGAUGCAGAAUGAGAAGCAAUAUUUUCAGAUAGUACCUUAUCCAGUGCACGACACGCUUUCCGGAAGGUUUCUCUCUGACAAGUAGCAUUUUUAAAAAUUAAUUCAUGAAGAUUUGAAAGAGAUGCUUUACUUGGAGGCGGUGAAUUACUCACUUUGAGGAAGUGAGAGGAAAAAAGGUCGACUUGGUAAACUACUGUAGCUACAUCAUUAGCCUGACAUAAUUGGAAGAAAAGACAGCAUGCAUGUGUUUCUGUGGAUCACGCUGACAUGGAAUUUCAUCGUUUUCUGACAACCUACAGACAAAAUAUGGAUAACUGCGCCUGCAUCAACAAAAAUGGAGAGGAAAACACACUUUGUUUUGGGGAGAGAACGAAGGACAAACACCGUUAACUGGGUAGCUUGCUACCCGAUACCGAGGCUUGGAUGUUGUCGUUUUGUCAGGAUAAUGAUCUAAAAUAUGAACAACGUUACAGCAGUGUAAAGCCCUGGUUUCAUUGUAUGUCGCUAGCUAGCUGGGGACACUAGCCAGCCACCUCACUAGCUAGUUAACUCGUAGCAAGCCAAUUGCAAAUGUUUAUUUCAGCUGGCUUGCGUACUUGUUAGCCUACUAGCUAGCUAGAUGGUUUAUUAUUGGACAGAAGCCUAUUACAAUAGCUAGGUAUUGACUGAUGAACAGUGGCAGUCAAUACAGCCGUCUGUUCAGUGUGUCAAGUUAUUCUAUAUUAAAUACCGUAUAGUACCUUAUCUUUAAAUGGCACUGAUAAGGAUGUAGUGAGCUAUCUACUCCAUGGUGCAGCACAGCCAGGAUUGUGCCAAUUUAUCAGAUUUGACUGAACCUAGCUUAAAAGUGGUUGGCACUUCACCAAAAGGGCGAUUACAUGGUUUUAAACAGCAUUCUACAAAUGUUUGUGGAGAAUUUCAGAGGAACAUAACAUAAAACUUGAUUGACAGCACUGAAGUCCACCUCUUCGUUAUGCGUAUUUCCUCCUUCCUGGCCGUGUUCAGGCCUGCUUUCCCCCUUAUCCUGGGGCUCUCUUUGGGAUGCAGCCUGAGCCUGCUGAUGGUCUCCUGGACCCAGGGAGACACAUUUGACUCGUGUGGAGAUGAACUGGGCAAUAGGGGUCUCUUCCUGGGCAGCAACAGGGGAGACCCCCAUGGGGACCAGAGAGGUGGUCCUGGGAAUGAGGACUUCCAGCCACGCAUCAUACCAUACCACAAGGACCCCAACAAACCACACAAGAAGGUCCUCAGGACGCGCUACAUCCACACGGAGCUGGGCAUCCGAGAGCGCCUCCUGGUGGGCGUGCUGACCUCGCGGGCCACCCUCAACACGCUGGCAGUGGCGGUGAACCGCACCGUGGCCCACCACUUCCACCGCACCUUCUUCUUCACGGGCCUGCGCAGCUCCAAGGUCCCCCACGGCAUGACGGUGGUGGCCCACGGCGACGACCGGCCCGUGUGGCUGAUGUACGAGACGGUACGCUACUUGCACCAGCACUAUGGCUUGGACUACGACUGUUUUUUCCUGGCCCAGGACGACACCUACAUGCAGGCUGAGAGGCUGGCUGAGCUGGUGGGCCACCUCAGCAUGGGACAGGACCUCUACAUGGGCCGGUCAGAGGAGUUCAUCGGUGGGGAAGAGAGGGCCAGGUACUGCCACGGGGGUUAUGGCUACUUGCUCUCCCGCAGCCUGCUGGCCCGCCUGCAGCCCCACCUGGACACCUGCCGCAACGACAUCCUCAGCGUCAGGCCUGACGAAUGGCUUGGGCGCUGCAUCAUCGACUACCUGGGUCUGAGCUGUGUGGAGGUACACCAGGACAUGACAUAUCGCUCCUUUGAGCUGGGGAAGAAAGCAGACCCAGAGCGAGAGGACAGUGCCCAGUUUAAGAAUGCCUUCACAGUCCACCCUGUGUCAGAGCCCAGCCUCAUGUACCGCCUGCACAAACGCUUCAGCCAGAUCGAACUGGACUGGACCUACCUAAAGAUACAGCAGCUGCAGGUCCAGAUCAACAACCUGAGUGAGUUGACCCCAGAGGGUAAGGUGGGGGCCAUCUGGCCAAUCGGGGUCAAUCCUCCCUUCAUGCCAAAGACUCGUUUCGAGGUCAUCAACUGGGAGUACUUCACAGAGGAGCACAUCUACUCAUGCUCCGACAACACCCCAAAGUGUGAACUGCGUGGCGCCAACUGGGCCGACGUGAGCGCCGUGCUGGAGACGGCCGUGAAGCACCUCAACGAGCACUACCAGCCCCAGCUGCGCUUCAAGAAACGCCGCCUGCUCAACGGCUACCGGCGCUUCGACCCCACCCGGGGCAUGGAGUACGUGCUGGACCUGGCCCUGGAAGCCUUCACACAGAAAGGUCACAGCCAGGUGAUCGCCAAGCGGGUCAGCCUGCUCCGCCCCCUCAGCACCAUUGAGAUCAUCCCCAUGCCCUAUGUGACGGAGGCCACCCGGGUGCAGGUCAUCCUGCCCGUCACGGCCCGCGAGCAGGACUUCGUGGGUAACUUCCUGGACAUGUAUGCGAUGAACACGCUGGACACGCACGACAAUGUCCUGCUCACCUUCCUGUUUGUCUACGACCCCUUUGACGCCCAGCGCGUCAGCCAGUCGGACGUGUUCGCCGGCAUCAAGGCCAUGAUCGGAGAGGUGGAGAAGCGCUACGGUGACGUGAGGAUCCCCUGGAUCAGCGUGAAGACGGAGGUGCCCUCGCAGGUCAAGCUGAUGGACAUAAUCUCCAAGAAGCACCCGGUGGACACGCUCUUCUUCCUGGCCUCGGUGUGGACCGAGGUCAACGCCGACUUCCUUAACCGCUGCCGCAUGAACGCCAUCAGCAACUGGCAGGUGUUCUUCCCCACCCACUUCCAGGAGUUCAGCAAGACCAUCUUGUACCGCGACCAGCAGACCAUGGCCUCCUUCCCAGCCGAGGCCCUGCGUGGCGGACGCUUCGACCGCCACGUCUUCGAGGAGGCAUGCUUCUACAACACCGACUACAUGGCGUCGCGCACCAAGAUGGCCGCUGACAUCCUGGACAACGACGAGCUGCUGCAGAGCAUGGACGUGUACGAGAUCUUCGUGCGAUACUCGGGCUUGCACGUGUUCCGGGCGGUGGAGCCGGCGCUAGUGCAGAAGUAUGUGCGGCGGGCGUGCAACCCGCGCUUCAGCGAGGACAUCUACCACCGCUGUGUGCUCAGUAACCUGGAGGGCCUGGCCUCGCGGUCGCACCUAGCCAUGGCCCUGUUUGAGCAGGAGCAGGCCAACAGCACUUAGGGGGUCUAGUGGUACUUUUCCACUGAAGCACUGGUGUCACUCCAGGCUUUUUUCAGGGACAGGCCUCAGAAGGCAACAUCUUUGGGCCAAACACUGGUGCAAAGCCUGACAGUGGAAAUGCACCAUAGGUUUACCAUCUAGAAUGACUUGAUACCUUUGGCCUUCUUUAUGAACCUGAACCACACCGCCUAGACUUUUGGACGAGGCAUAUUAUGGGAUGUUGAAUCUCCAAACGGAUCCCUAAGGACCAAGAACCCAUGUGCAAUCUUAGGCCUGUAAAGACUGAGGAGUGAUGUUACAACGUGUGUUCCUGCAAACUGCGUGCAGGCUGGCAGAACUCUGUGCUUUCACCCCAAUGGUAGCCCAAGGGGAGCUUCUAUCGGUAGGUGAUGAAUGAACAAUGAGCCUUGAGAAAACCGGCAUGAGCCAUAUGUCUUCCUUCAUGGCUGUGCUGAAUUAUGAUUCUAAUACUGGAUUUAAAGAGAAGCCAUUGAGUGUCUGUGUAUUUUCUUUCAUUUGACACUUAGUUUUCUUAGUAUGUUUAUCCCAUAGAGUGUGGUUUGUUUCAUUCCCUAGACAGAUAGGGUCUGGGUUUUUUUCUACGGAUAUUAAAGGCAGAUGUCGCUUCUGGA